AUGAGUAAAUCGGGGGCUCUGCUCAUCACUUUGUUCGCGCUUAGUGCACAGGUUCAUGAAGGUACUGCAACUGUUUGGUUGAUAAAAGCAAUACCUUCGAAUAUUCGAUGUUCGAUUUCAUCAUUUUUGCAGCGUAACUUUAAUGUUAAGUCUGGUUUCGGUGCCAAUUGUACGACCAACGCAUACGAUCCAAAGUUAUCGGCUUCGCAAAACUCAUCACUUAUUCCGAUUCUGGUUAGUAAUGGCACGAGUACGGAAGUAGAAAAGGAAUUGGAUCGAGACGGUAUUGAUUCGCAGAAUGGCAUCUAUGCUCAAAUAAAUAUCGUUGAGAAUGGUACCGGAAAUAAGAGUCGAGUCAAUACAAAUCUUUCAACUGUUGAAAUACACUCAGUUGAUGCGUCUUCGAAUAACACCGAAAACGCCGACACAGUUAAAACUAUAUCGUUGAACAAACUGACCAGUGUCCAAAAAGCACAGUCAUUCUUCCAAGUACAACAAUCCCCGUCGAACAGCUCAUCUGGCUCAUGGAGUUCGUCUAGUAGCAGUAGUUCACAAUCAUCCAACAGCUCAAGCAGUAGCUCACAAUCAUCACAUAGUUCCAGCGGCUCAUCAUCCAGUUCGAAUUCGAACUCAAAUAAUAGCCAGCAACAAAACGCUUCGAGUGGACAGCAAUCGAGUGAAAAGGGAGAGUCAAACAGUCAAAAGAAUGGAACAAGUAGUCAAAGUGGUAGUAAUAAUUCGACAAAUGGUAUACACUAUGGUGAUUACGAUCAAAAAGAUAGUACUGGAAAUAAAACAAGCAACUCGCAGAAAGAAUCCCAGCAAUCAUCACAAGGAGAACAAACUCGAAGCUCAGGAUCCAGCGAAAACUCGAACAGUCAGAAUAGCUCUCCAUCCCAACAUAGUGGAUAUUCCUAUUCUGGAUCUCAGUCAACGCGAAGUAGAUCGCAGAGCUCCCAAGGAAAUAUCCAAAAUGACGGAAACACUGGUGCCAAUAAUCAAUGGUCAGUUUCAUGGUCACCACAAUGGGGUAAUUCAAAUGGCCAGCAAAAUGGACAAGGCCAAAAAGAAUCUGGAGCAAAUGGCGACUCUUCGAAUAAAUCAAGCAGCUCAAAUGGUUCAACUAGCUCGAAUGGAAAUUCAUCAAGCUCAUCAUCUAGCAACAACGAAUCGCAAUCCAACCAAGGAUCUUCACAGAAAGAAAGUUCGAACAGCAACAACAACAACAUAAAUAGUAACAGCAACAGCAACAAUAGCAGCAGCAGUAACAGCCAAAAUAAUCAAUCUUUGUCCGGUUCGUCUGCAACUGCAGGCAACGCAAACUCAACUGGAAACACUGGAUCUCAAGUAAAUUGUCCAGUAUCGAAUGCCGGAUCUUCGAGUCAAAAUUCAAACUCUGAUCAGAACAAAAUUGUGUGGCGUUUCGAGUGUAGCUUCCGCGGCCAAACAUUCCGUCAUCCAACCGAUUGUUCGAAAUUUUACUAUUGCGGAGUCAAUGGUGUGAAUAGCUUGCAGUGCCCAUCACCAUUGGUUUUCGACAUCGAUUUGAAAAAAUGUAACUGGCCAAGAAACGUAGACUGUAGCCGAUCAUCAGCAAAAGGACAAUUUUCAUUCAUAAUUUCGAGUUCGGGCGCUCACGGAAGUGGUUCACCAUCUAGCCAAAGUAAUCAAAGCUCAUCAAACAGUGGAUGUUCUUCCGGAUCGGAAGGCACUAGCAAUCAAAAUGGAGGUUCAAGCGGUUUGAUUGUCAAUGUUGGCGGAUCAAAUGGUUUGCUUAACAUUGUACCAGGCAGUCAAAAUAAUCAAAACACCAAUGGAGAUUUGAUUGGUGACAUACUAAAUCUUUUGGGCUUAGGAGGAUCAAACGGUCUGAUCAAUGUAGGCCUAGGUGGUCAAAAUUCGGGAUCAAAUCAAGGAAACUCCAAUGGUCAUCAUUCUUCUCAAAAUAGUGGAUCUUCGUCUUCUGGCUCCAAUAAUGGUUUGCUCAAUCUCGCUCUAGGUGGAUCAGGUCAAAACAAUGGACACUCAAACGGCGGUUCAUUAAUAUCUCUUAACCAAGGUGGCCAAAAUUCUGGAAGCUUACUCAAUGUUGGCAUUGGAGGUAGCAGCGGCAAUGGCAAUCAAAAUAAACCAAACACCAACGGAGGAUCUAAUGGUGGUUUACUGAAUAUCGGAUCAGGAAUUAAUGUUGGUCUCGGUGGAAAUAAUCAAGGUAGUAGCCAAGGAAGUCAACACUCAGACUCAAACGGCGGUUCAUUAAUAUCUCUUAACCAAGGUGACCAAAAUUCAGGAAGCUUACUCAAUGUUGGCAUUGGCGGUAGCAGCGGCAAUGGCAAUCCAAAUAAACCAAACACCAACGGAGGAUCUAAUGGUGGUUUACUGAAUAUCGGAUCAGGAAUUAAUGUUGGUCUCGGUGGAAAUAAUCAAGGUAGUAGCCAAGGAAGUCAACAUUCAGGCGCUUCAAAUGGUUUGAAUAUUAAUGCACUUGGGCCAAACGGCAUCAACAUUGGAUUGGGCGGUCAGCAGAAUAAUCCGAAUGGCCAAAAUUCAGGAAGCUUACUCAAUGUUGGCAUUGGCGGUGGCAGCGGUAAUUACAAUCAAAAUAAACCAAACACCAACGGAGGAUCUAAUGGUGGUUUACUGAAUAUCGGAUCUGGAAUUAAUGUUGGUCUCGGUGGAAAUAAUCAAGGUAGUAGCCAAGGAAGUCAACACUCAGGCGCUUCAAAUGGUUUGAAUAUUAAUGCACUUGGGCCAAACGGCAUCAACAUUGGAUUGGGCAGUCAGCAGAAUAAUCCGAAUGGUCAAAAUUCGGGAUCAAGUCAAGGAAACUCCAAUGGUCAACAUUCUUCUCAAAAUAGUGGAUCAUCAAACAGUGGUUUUGGAACAUCAUCAAAUGCUGGAAACAGCAACGGUAUCCCACAGAAUUGUCGUUGGGGUGAAAUGUACCGUGAUCCAAAUGAUUGCUCCGUAUUCUAUCACUGUGCCCCCACUGGACGUCAUCGCAUUACCUGCCCGGCACCAUUGCACUUUGAUACCAAAUUGAAAGUGUGCAAUUGGCCAGCACAAGUGAAAUGCACACCGUCAAGUAGUUCACAAUCCAGCCAAAAUAGUUUCCAGAAUUCUCAAACCGGCAACGGUUUGAACAACCAAAAUUCAAACAACAUCAACAACAAUGCAAACUAUGGAUCAGCAUCAAAAGGAAAUAACUAUGGCAACAGCGGAUCAUCUUCAAAUUCAAUCAGUCAGAGCAGUUCAUCACAAGGUGGUCAAAGUAGUAGCCCUUGCAGUUACGUAUUGAACUUGCUGAAACGAAAUUUCCCACAAUUACUUCCGCCAACGUACAAUGCUCCUCAAACCGUUUACGUCAAUUGAACUGCACCCGUUUGACACAUGCCAAUCAAAUGCAUUCAUUCUUUGAACUUGUCUUUACCAUUGUUUUUCGUUCUUUCCCCCGGACAGAAAAAUAACUGGUUUAUUUAUUAUCAUAAUUUACGUAUUUAUUUCACUGAAUUGCAAGAAAUACCAAUAAAUAUGCAGAAGUAUAACGCAAAUUCAGUUUUGGGUUUUUUUUCUCGAAAAGGUGUAAAAACAAA